UCUCUAGAAAUGUUUGUAUUUAUAUAUGGUAAUGGAUGACACAAAGCCUCUUCUUUUCAAAGAGCAAUGAUGCUUGUUUGGAUGGUGGACAUGGUUUAUCAAAACCAAAGCAAAACCAACACAUGAGAGAGAAAGCAACACAUAUCACUGGCAACAAUGGCAAGAAUCAGAGUAACCAUUCACUGCUUCACAUUUCUUCACAUGGCUUCUCUUCUCCUCUCUUCAGGUUCAAGUUCCAAAUCAAUAGACCAAAUCAAACUCCAAGAAUCAACCACAAUCUCCACCACACAAAAGGACAUAACAACCCCAAUCACAACAAUCCCAACUGCCAACAACCCUUACACAACAACUCCAAUGCUAAAUCCAACUGAUUCCAACUCUGAUCAAUCCCCAACCAUCAUGAACCCUGCCAAUCCCCAAAUGACUCCUCUGUCCACAAACUCACCCACUCCCUCGGCCGGUAGCUGGUGCAUCGCCUCCUCCUCGGUCUCCCAAGCCGCCCUCCAGCUCGCCCUAGACUACGCCUGCGGCCACGGGGGAGCCGACUGCUCCCCCAUCCAGCAAGGCGGGGGCUGCUUCGCCCCCAACACCCUCCGCCACCACGCCUCCUUCGCCUUCAACAGCUAUUACCAAAAGAAUCCCAUCCCCACUAGUUGCAACUUUGGUGGGGCCGCCGUCACCACCAGCAUUGAUCCAAGUUAUGACACAUGUCAAUAUCCAUCAACUAGUACAAGUUCGUCUCUGCUGAAUAUAACGAACUCGAGUGGUUCGAGAGUUUUUGGAGGGGGUCGACCGACCACACCGGAUACUUCAUCAAGCUGCAUCCCUUGUUUUCACUACAUAUUAGCAUAUUUGGUUAUUACUAUUAUAGUAGCUUUGUUAUGGUAAUAUAUGAGAUGUGAUAUGAGAUUUUUUAUAUUGUAUGAUGUCAAUUGGUGCUCAUUUUUUGAAUCAUUUGACGUUUAAUGUAGUGAGAUUGUACUAUGUAUGGAGUGUAUAGUUUUGAAAAGUGUAGUAUAGUUAUUGAGACUUGUGUUGGUUGGUUUA